GUGGAGGGGGUGCCCGGCUCCUCGCCGCUCUGCCCGCCCGGGCCGCGGGGGCAAGGCAGGCAGGUUCCGGGCCAGCCGCCUGCCGCCGUGCUCCUGGGGCUGCCCGCGGACCGGGGUUCUCUGGUGGUUGGAACUGCCUUAAAGGAGAAUUAAAAACUGUGACUCCAAAGAACAAAAUAAGACAGAAGUGAGGAACCAGCAUUCAAAAACACCACAGAAAGGUGAUCAUUCUUAUAGACUCUUGGAAUCAUCCUAGACACAUGGUUUGGGCCUCUUGUAGUGUUUUGAUGGAUUUGAAUAGGGGCAGCAGGUUGUUUGACACACAUGAGCACACGAGAUUAUGAAUAGUGAAGACAAUGACGAGCGGGACAGCCAUCAAAGAGUAACAGCCUCAUAUAAGGUGACUAGUAUGACCUCAUGACGCCUCUGUAAAAGCCAGAUUCAGCUAGGAUGUUACACCAUCACUGUCGGAGAAACCCUGAACUACAGGAAGAGUUGCAGAUUCAGGCUGCAGUUGCUGCUGGCGAUGUUCACACCGUGCGCAAGAUGCUGGAGCAAGGAUAUUCUCCUAAUGGUCGAGAUGCCAAUGGCUGGACUUUGCUUCAUUUCUCUGCAGCAAGAGGGAAAGAGAGAUGUGUCCGGGUUUUUCUCGAGCAUGGAGCUGAUCCCACAGUUAAGGACUUAAUUGGAGGCUUCACUGCUCUGCAUUAUGCAGCCAUGCAUGGCCGAGCGAGGAUUGCACGCUUGAUGUUGGAAUCUGAAUAUAGAAGUGACAUUAUUAAUGCAAAGAGCAACGAUGGUUGGACUCCCCUCCAUGUAGCAGCCCACUAUGGCAGAGACUCAUUUGUGAGGCUCCUGUUGGAGUUCAAGGCCGAGGUUGAUCCGCUCAGUGAUAAAGGUACUACACCACUUCAGCUGGCCAUUAUCCGAGAGAGGUCAAGCUGUGUGAAAAUCCUUCUGGAUCACAAUGCCAACAUCGACAUUCAAAAUGGUUUCCUGUUACGAUACGCUGUGAUCAAAAGCAAUCACUCUUACUGCCGAAUGUUCCUUCAGAGAGGGGCGGAUACAAACUUGGGUCGCUUGGAAGAUGGACAGACACCCUUACACUUGUCUGCUCUUAGAGAUGAUGUGCUUUGUGCACAAAUGUUGUAUAAUUACGGAGCAGACACUAACACAAGGAACUAUGAAGGACAGACCCCACUGGCUGUUUCAAUAAGUAUUUCUGGAAGUAGCCGACCCUGUCUGGAUUUCUUACAAGAAGUGACAAGACAGCCCAGGAACUUGCAAGAUCUAUGCCGAAUUAAAAUCCGUCAGUGUAUAGGCCUUCAAAACCUAAAACUACUUGAUGAACUACCCAUUGCCAAGGUCAUGAAAGACUACUUAAAACACAAAUUUGAUGAUAUCUGAUAUCCAUGAAGAGAAGAACUCUGAGCAAGAUUAGUUAUAUUCCAGAUACUGAAGAGGCUUGUUGCCUUGCACAAAGUAUAUCCUAUGCAAAUUCUGAUUUUUCUGUGAAGUCAGAAGGCAGGUAUACAAUUCCUUGGGGUUUUUAUACCACACGCUAGAAGGUCUUAAUUUUUGGUUUCUUGGUCCAAGUUUACAAGGUCCAAGCUUUCUAUACAAUAUUACAUUUUAAAGAUUGCUGUUGGGUUUCUUUUUUGUUUGUUUGUUUUCACAUUAAGCGUGCAGACUUGCAGUGGAGAUGGAAGGAAGCCUCUCAAGGGAAGUGGUUGGUUUGAAUUGGCAUGCUGAGCAACUAUUCAAGCAAACAAAGUCUGGAAAUCAAGGCACCGGUCCUGCAGAAAGAUACCAAUAGAAAGACCUUCAGAGCCCUGCUGUGUGUUUUGGAGUCUCGUGUCUGCCAGGGUGUGUGGUUUUGCAGGGCAGAGGGAAGUGUUGAUAAUCAACGUGUCCUAGGGUACUGUACGAGUAUGAUUUGGAAAUUAAAGGAAAAAAUGCGGUUACCCUAUUUAAUUUGAGGGUCUAUACAUUGGCUCUUCUUAUCUUAUUCUUUUUCUAAUUACUGUAGUUGGUUGGGAUGCCCAUAAAAUUCAGGCCCUCUUCUUUCCUGACAUUCCCUAUUAAAUGGGCGGCUGUUUGUAAGUCUGUUUCUAACAGUGACAGUACACUACAAAGAGGCAUAGCCUCUGUGGUUUUUUACAUUAACUUAAAAGUAUACAAAUUUAGAUUAUUUUUUUUUGACGCCAAUGUAUUCUGUUUCUCAUACAGUGCCUCCUGUGCAAUAAUCUUUCUGACGUAUUUUCCCUUUAUGUGUGAUUUCCUCCUCCCCACUAUUCCUCAUUUAGUCUCAGUGCAUUAUUUGUGAGAACAGGAAGUGCUGCCUCGCUGUAGUGUCGAUGUGACAUUACAGAAGUGAUGCUGCAGUUGCUGUUCAUUAUUACUCCCGAAAUGUCAUGAAUGUAUAACCUGCUUUAUUUCACUUUCAGUUGGAAUUUUAGCUACGGGUUCUCAGCCGAAUUGGGUCCACUCAGAAAAACAAAAGGAAAGAAAUUGGCCCAAACCCUUUUGUAUCAAAAGCAGUGAUAGAUUUUUCUCGCUUGCUCUGAAAUUCAGUUUGCUUCAGGUUAGAGAGAGGGAAGUGCACAUAAGUUAUGACAAUGCAUUUUAAAUGUGUACAAACAAGAAAAACCCCAUUCAUAUUGCAAGUUCAAACUUUGCAAUUAGUCUUAAAGCAGCAAAUGAAAGGAACACUGAAAUUCAGCUACUGAAUGUGGUUUACAAGCUAGGUAUAAAACCAAUAAUCUAUCAAACAGUUUUUCUGAUUAUAAAAAGAAAAGUUCUUGCUGUCAAAAAAAGAUGGGGCCAAAAUGUGCAGUUGCUUCACUCUCUUUAUUUUCAAGGAAUUAUAGAGUCAUCGUAAGGUUCUUGCUAGUGUCCUCUACUUGCUUUUUGCUCCAAAAGAGCCUCUCUAAUAUCAGGAGUACUUUUGUAUCAGUGAUACCAAUGGAAAUGGGGAGAUGAAAGGAACGGUGGUGGCUUUUCAGUUUAACACUGUCACUUUCAAAAUAUUUAAUAUUAAAAAUACGAAAAGCAGGUGAAGCAGGUAUACUCAUAUUAUUUAACUGUGCUAAUUCCUUUUAAUAUCUUAUAACCCUGGACUGCAGUUCCUUGAGCACAAACUGUACCACUGCUAAUGGAUGCACCGGAACUAUGGCAAGCAGGGAGGAUUAUCUCUCCCUAUUGUGCCUGACAUCGCAUCAGGUUUCCAAACAAUAAGUGAUUUCUGAGUUUCACGGCUCAGAGGAUUGGUAAUGGGGUGUUGAACCUUUUUGUCACCAGCUUAUAUCGGUUCAAGUCCAGCCUGCUUGAGCAGUGACCAAAAGUCCAUGUCUCAGCAGCAUGAUUGAAGAAGGAUGUCCAACCUUAACACCACGCAGUGUGUGUGGUGGUCACCUCCAGGCAGUAGAGCUUCAUAGUGCUUCCUCCACGUUGUAUGUAAUGGUGGUGGCACAGUAGCAGGGGCAACCCAAGAGGAUGGGUGUGCAUGAGAGUGGGUGCGUGAUGGUGUCUUACCAGCUCCCAUUGAAGGAAGAAGGAUCAGAUCAUGGUCUUUAAGCUCUCCAGUACUGAGACAGCACAGAAAUCAAGAAUUGAGUGGCAGGUUUUAAGCAUGGAUUUUCAGUUUUGUGAGAUCAGGACCUUAAAAUUGCUUUGUUCUUAAAAAAAGAAAGUAUCAUUGUUCGCUACAUUUGUAAGUUGGUUUAAACCAAUGUCCUUCCCCACUGAAUUUUUACAGUAAUAUUUUCUAAGGUAAUCUAGAGUAUAUUUUAGUUGCAAUCUAUAUUAAGGCAAAUUAUUUGUUUUGUCUGUUGCUGUGACUGAAGAAAAUUAUGGAAGACUUUGUUGGUAACAAGAAUGCUAUUUAAUGAAGAAAUGUGUAAUUCCAUUAUUUAUUGUUUGAGGUUUGUUUUUUGGUUAUUUCUUUUAAGUAACUGACAUCUAAAGGGAACACCCAUAUUUCAGGCCAGUAAAAGCCUUUCUUUUAAAUUAAUGUUCAUCCUCUCCUCCGUCCCCAAGGUGGAGGGGAGCCCUCGCCCUUACUUACAAUGCUAAGCCAUCUCUUGUAGCUGGUUUCUCUGACCUUGAUUCCACAAAGCACAGCAGCACAUGUGUAUGCCUGAACCUUCUGAUGGUCCCAUUCACUAUCUGAGGUUCUACACGUGCUGGAGUGCGAGUGAAGUGUGAUUAUUCAUUGAAAAUCCUCUCCAAAGUUCAAUAAUGGGGAAUUUGGUCUUUUAUUCUUUUAAAUAUUGUGCACAAAUACUUCGAAGAACACGCUGAACGUUGCUUUUCAUUCGAACUAGAAUGUGGAAGAAGUGCAUAAUACAGACUCCUUAUGUAGCCUGGUUCCAUUACCUUAAAAUUCACAGUUUGGACACUUUUAUUAAACCUUAAGAAAUUGGCAAAGACACCAAAGAAUCAAUCUGAGUAAAAGACUCUGAUCAUUAACAAACUGCAAACCUCAUCCUUUGAAACAAAGCAGAAAGUUUUUGUAAAUAUUGAUGUUUAUAAAUGUACAGCAGAGUUAAGAGUGUUUUUUAGAUUAUUUAAUUACCAUAUUUCUAAACUAUUUACAUUAUAGACAAUACUUGUUAGUUUGAACAACUCUUGAGUGGUUUUCUUUUUGUUCUUUUCUUUGGGGUUUGUUUGGUUUUCAAAUUCGUUAUCACUCAUGCUUGGAAUAACUCCGGCUUCUUUGGGAUAGCGUGGAAAAGUCAGUUUUCUGGCUCUUAGUUGGCAAUCAUAGGAGAACACAUCUGGACAAACUCAUUGGAUAAAUACCCCGAGGCAAAAGAGAAUAUGUAGUGUUUAACCAGGGUGGACCUGGGCUAGGUGGAAACAUUGGAUCCUAACUUUCUCAGUUAAAUCUGUCAAGAUGCCGCAGUGACGUUGUGACAAGAGCAGCUUGUGACCUGGCCACAAGUCUUAGCUUCCAUGCAACACUGUGUUACCAGUGUCACACUGCAUUUUGUUCUUCUUUUGCAAUGGAAGUUUUUGCUUUGGGUCAGUUUGAAUUUAAAGAAGAAAAAAGCAAAGUUAAACCUGGUUAAAACUUCUUUUUUAUUUUAUUUUCUGUUUGUUUCUAAUGUAAGGUUUUAAUAACAUAAUACCACUUUA